UUUUGCAGCUUCAAUUCUUCCUGUGAUGCAAAUUUUAUUUCAUCCUGAUGUUCUGAGCUUCUCGACAGGAACAACACGCAUCCGACAUGACAGCAAUCAGGAUGAAGGUGUCACUGUCCAUAUUUCUCAGUUUUAGCCUGACUUGGAUUCACACUCAGACCUCCAAGAGACCAAACUGUUAUGAAUGUGACGAAGAUCACUUCUGCAACUGUUCUGCAAAGACUCUCCACCGUGUACCCAUAGUUCCCGCCAACGUUCUUUCUCUUGACGUGUCCUUCAACGAGAUUGAGUCCAUUACUCAGAAGGAUCUGACCGUGUAUACGGAGUUGAGAACUUUAAAGCUGCAGAAUAACAAACUCAGCAUGAUCCACAACACAGCAUUUAAUUCCCAGAGCAAACUGGAAGAGCUUGAUCUGUCGUUCAAUAAACUGGAAAACAUUUCUUCACUGUGGUUUUCUAAGCUUCGAUCUCUGAAACAUCUGAACAUCUUGGGAAACCAAUAUACAACCUUGGGAUCUGUUGCCCUGUUUCAAUUUGCCAAUAAUCCUGCACUGAGAACGUUAAAAUUUGGUAACCCUUUGAUCAAGGAUGUAAAACGGAAUAUGUUGGGUAAGAUUAGACAGCUGGAUGAGUUGACGUUUGUCUGUCGUAACCUAACGUCUUAUGAGAAUGGAAGUUUCCAGACAGCUCAUCCCAUCAGGGCGGUUUCAGUCAGCCUUCAGGAGUUGUUUCAGGAUGAUCCAGAGCUCGUAUCAAAGAUCCUUCGAGAUGUUUCUCACCCUGAGACGUCACUGACCAUUAGAGAUGUUUCACUGGAGACAAGAGAACCCAUACAAGCCUUUAAAGAGGUCAGAAAAGGUUGUACCAGAAGGCUUACCAUUCAAAACGUAAGCACAACUGACGAGGGAGUCACCCACUUUCUAGAAGUUUUGGAUGGCUCUCCGAUGUCUUACAUUGGUCUCGAGGAUAUUCACCUCAGAGGUCGUGGUUGGUGGCAAAGAGCUCAGUGGUCACACUACGAAAACCUGCACACGACUUUUAUCCGCAACUUAGAAAUCCAGGGCUUCUUCACUUUUAGCAGCAUGAUACAGUUAGCAUUUCUGUUGAAGCAUCUCAACAACAUAUCCGUUAUCAACGGCACUGUUUUCGUUAUUCCCUGCAACACCACCUAUUUUCUGCGAAAGGUGGAGUACUUGGACCUGAGCCAAAAUCUCCUAUCAGAUAUCACCAUGCAAGAAUCUUUAUGCAACGGUCACUGCAUCAUGCGCAAUCUUAACACACUCAAUGUAAGUCACAACUCACUGAAAUCUCUCCAUCUCAUGUCACGCCUGGUCACGUGUCUCCACAGGCUCACAUCGCUGGACGUAAGUCACAACAACUUUUUGAAGAUGCCACAGAUUUGCAAUUGGCCUGCAAGUCUCAGGUUUAUGAAUCUCUCUGCUACCAAACUUCAUCGCAUAACUCCGUGCCUGCCUCUGAGCCUGACUGUUCUGGAUUUGAGCCAAAAUUACCUGACAGAGUUCCACCACCAUCUUCCCAACCUUAUGGAGCUCUGGCUUACAGGAAACAGGUUUAUUUCCCUCCCGGAAGGUGGACGUUUUCCCAGCCUGCGGAUUUUGCUCAUUCAAAGCAACACGUUGAACGUGUUCAACAAAAGCGACCUGAUGGCAUUCCAGUCUCUCCAGUUCUUGGAAGCUGGUCAGAACAAUUUUGUCUGCAGCUGUGAUUUUGUAGAAUUCUUUAAAGGUCAUAUUGACCAGUUGAUUACUCUAAGGGACGGACAUCGCAGCUACGUGUGUGACUCUCCUUUCACAUUAAGGGGUCGUACUGUCGAUAACGCUCAACUAUCGGUCUUCGAGUGCCACAUGAUCCUGUCAGUGUCCAUCCUCUGCUCUGUGAUUGUCCUCGUCCUAAUCACCAUCGGGGUCACCUGCUACAAACUUCACGUCUUAUGGUAUCUACAGAUGACUAUGGCAUGGUUAAAAGCCAAAGGUAAGCCAGCCGUACACAGAGAAGAUGCUGUUCUUCGCUACGAUGCUUUCGUAUCAUACAGCCAGCACGAUGCAGAGUGGGUCGAAGAAAUCCUAGUGCCGGAGUUAGAAAGCGCUGAACCUCCGGUUGCUCUGUGUCUGCACAUGCGAGACUUCCUUCCAGGCCGCUGGAUCGUCGACAACAUCAUCGAGUCCAUCGAAAGUAGCUAUCGGACUCUCUUCGUCCUGUCGGAGAACUUCGUGACGAGUGAGUGGUGCCGCUACGAGCUGAACUUUUCGCAUUUUCGGAUCAUGGACGAGCACAACGAUUCGGCCGUCCUGAUCCUGCUGGAGCCUAUCGCCAAAGAGACGAUUCCUAAGCGUUUCUGCAAAUUGCGCAAAAUAAUGAACUCCAGGACGUACCUCGAGUGGCCUCAGGACGAAGAAAGGCGAGAGGAGUUCUGGCACAAUCUCCGAGCUGUGCUUAAGAGGGAGGACGACUGAUACACCUCGGAUCACGCCUUUGUCAGAUUGGAGACUCAUUCUGUAUUUCAUUUUGUCUAUUAUUAAGGUUCUGAAUUAUGUCCGUGCAGAAGCUUUUUGAAUUCUUCCUAAUAAAAUGCUACCCUGUAGCAUUUAGUGUAUUUAUAAAAGCUUACUGACUAAUUUAAUCUAACAUAAUCAACACCGUUAGAGUUUAUUAUUCCUGUGCUGUUGUAAAGAUUAGACUUAUCUCAAACCUAGACUCAAGCUCUGUCUUAAAUCUGAUAAAAAUCUGCUUUCAAUAAAUAAAAGUUUUAUCCAUUUAAGGAUCGUUUGCAUUAGGGGCUUUCCUUUUACUUGUCAGCUUCCUCAUAAAAUAGAGAACAUAACACACACACACACACACACACACACCUACCCCUUAUGAGUAACUCUUUCGUUAUUUCCUCAGUGGUAGAUUGUACAUGAUAGUUAG